AUCCAUAUUUUAAAAGCUUAAGAAUAAUUAUGUGAAAACAAAGGGGUUUUAUGUGCCCCCAUGUUCUUAAUGCUAACAUCACAAAUACAUUGCAGCAGGUUCAUCUUUUAUCGGUAAUUAGAGUAAAAAAAAAAAAAAGUGUGCUAUUGCGCACACACACACACACACACACACUAGUGCUUCUUUGAUAUAAUUAUGUUUUGACAUUCAAAAGUUUAUUAAUAGUGAUGGGAGUGAGGACAAACUCUGGCGGAACUACAUCUCCCCGAACCCUUUGCCUGUUUGCCGUAUUCAGUCCUAGUGUCGCAAACCAUAACAAACCACACAGGCGGCUUCUCUAAAUAUAGAAUGUUUACCUUGUCAGCAUGUUGUUUGCGUGCUAUAUAAAUAAUAUUUGUUGAAUGUCAGGUAGGUUUAUCAAGUUAUGGAGGUUACCGCUGCCAGAUCAACGUUUUAUGGUGACAUCGGUCAUUGGGCUGACCGUACGCUGGUACAUGAGGCUGCGUCUCUGGGUCGAGCUUUGCAGUUAAAGCAGCUGAUAGAAGCAGGAACAUCAGUUAAUAUCGUAACUGUGGAUAACUUCACACCUCUGCAUGAUGCUUGCAUCCAAGCCCAUCCAAACUGUGUUCAAAUACUGCUGGAGGCAGGAGCUCAGGUGGAUGUUCGCACCAUCCAUGGAAGUACUCCUCUCUGUCAUGCCUGCGCUGCUGGCAGCAUAGAAAGUGUCAAGCUGCUGGUGGAUCACGGAGCGUCGGUCAACCCUUCCUUGACCGCCCUCACGGCUUCCCCCCUCCAUGAGGCCUGUAUACGAGGUAACCCAGACUGUGUGAAGCUUAUGAUAGCGAAGGGAGCUCUGCUGGAGGCCUUUGACAUUUACUUUGGGACACCAUUACAUGCUGCCUGUGCUAAAGCUCACUUUGACUGUGCUCUACUGCUGCUUAAUGCAGGUGAGGCACUUUUUCUUUAUUGUUUUAUUGUAUUUUGCACUAUUUUAGAUCAUUCUGCAUGGUUAUUUUUUCAAACUCUUAAAGGUGCAAAGGUGAAUGCCACCAAGUUCCAUGAGACGGCACUGCAUCAUGCGGCGAGAGCCGAGAGAGAGGACCUGGUGGAGCUGCUGGUGGAGUUCGGUGGAGAUGUCAACAUAAGCGAUAACAUGAAUCACAAACCUAGAGACUACACAAAACCUGAAUCUCCUGCUUAUCUCUGUCUGCUGCACUAUGAGAGUAACCCUCUGUCUCUGCAGCAGCUGUGCCGUAUCGUCUUGAGGACUGUGUUGGGCACCAGAGCUCUGGAGCUGGUCCCCAAACUGGACAUUUCACAGCGCAUAAUUGAUUACCUCACUUAUAAAUCAUGAAUAUGUUCCACGGAGACCCAUUUUAUUUAGAAACCUGUAAUUGACUGUACUUGUAAAGUCUUAAUAAGUUUGUAAGUUUGUAAGUUUGUGAGCUGAGUGACACAUACAACUGCUGAGUGUAUAUCCUUUUAAUUUGUGUAAUA